ACUUUGACGAGUAACCCAAGCUUGAACGCGCGCGACCGCUAACCUUGAAGCUUGGAUCCAACACAACACACCUCUAUAAUCCGAAUCGUCAAUACUCAGGAUAAUCAGCCAAGAUGAAGCUCGUCAGGUUUUUGAUGAAGUGCGCGAACGAGACGGUGACGAUUGAGCUUAAGAAUGGAACAAUUGUACACGGCACAAUCACAUCGGUCUCACCAUUGAUGAACACGGCCUUGCGAACGGUGAAGAUGACCCCACGCGGCCAAGACCCUAUCUCCCUAGACUCGAUGAACAUCCGUGGCUCUACUAUCCGAUACUUCAUCCUACCCGACUCUCUACCCCUAGAUACUCUCUUAAUCGACGACUCGGUGAAGCCCAAGAACAAGGCUCGCAAGGAAGCAGCGGACAGAGGUACCCGAGGUGGACCCCGCGGCAGAGGCAGAGGACGUGGGCGUGGACGAGGACGCGGUCGGCCGUAGAGAAGCUCUCAGCUUGAGGACUCUCAGCUUGAGGAUUUGGAAAAUACCAAUACGGCGGUACUACGUCAUAGUUGGACCUUCUAGAGGAUCCGAGGAGGAUGGACUGCUUUGCAGUUUAGGCAGGCAAAUGGUGUACUUCAAGUACAGUGGGCAUUACUACAACGGCGUU